UAAUUGACGUAAUCGCGGUGUAACAAGUUUAGGGGCUGCUGGAGCUAAUCAACAUAUUGGUGCGAAUAUUAAUUUGUUCGGGUGGUUUUCAUUUUCUGUUGCACUAAUUGACGUAAGCAGUUGUCGCCCAAGAAAAUAAUGUUCAAAAUUGCGGGAUUUUCGCAGCUGCAAUGAACCGUAUUUGACAGCGUCGGCAGCGCGCGGCCAAUUAGUGAGAUGUCACAAAAAGGUCGUCUGCUUCUUUUCUCAGUUUUGUUCACGCAGCACAUGAGACAAACUUGACCUAUGGACGUAGUUUUCCGAUUAACCCGUUACUUUCGUCGAUUAUCUGAGCGCUUCAGGGCAAGAGUUCGCCAUAGGUUGCACUACUCACGAGUAGUUUUCAAUUCUCUCGUGUACAAUGAGUUUGCCGACAUCUAUUACGUUGGCGACACGUGCAUGGAGCCGCUGUUCUGGAUCGUCGACCACUUUACGAAAGCCAUGGGGCCGAUAUUUGUCACCACGGUUACCGUCGUGGCUUGCACUGUCAUAGCGAUCGCGUACGUGAUCGGCAUUCCCUACUGGUGGGAGAAUAACAAGUGUGUCCUUCUCAUCGCCCUAGUCAUUGGACAUUGGCUCCUCAUCAACAUAGUCUUUCAUUAUUGGAUGGCUCUCACGACUAACCCUGGCAAACCCCCAGAGGCGUCCUUGGUGCCAGAGGUGGUCUCGAUAUGCAAGAAGUGCAUAGCACCCAAGCCGCCCCGCACUCACCAUUGCAGCGUGUGCAAUUGCUGCAUUCUGAAAAUGGAUCAUCACUGCCCUUGGUUGAACAACUGCAUUGGCCACUUCACACAUCGAUACUUCUUUAUGUUUUGCUCAUAUGUGCUCCUGGGCAUCGUAUUUCUGAUGAUAUUUGGCUACAGAAUCGCAUAUGAAGAGUACUUUUCCACCUUGCCAAUGCCAGCUGUUGGUCUUGCCAGCUCAAAAAUUCAACUUGGUAACCUUGACACGUCCGUCAACGUGACGCUACAAGAUACACAUGGGAAUACCACUCACCUCACCACACCUAAGCAGGACUUCAUGAGGAAGUACUACAUCACAUUCACGGUGUUCAUCUGCAUAGGAAUUUUUUUUGCCUUGGGGGCCCUCACCAUGUGGCAUGCUCGGCUCAUUACGCACGGUGAAACAAGCAUUGAAGCCCACAUCAACAAGACGGAACGGAUACGCCUUGGAAAAGAGGGUGUGAUUUACAAGAAUCCAUAUGACUUUGGACCUCGACAGAACUGGAGGAUUUUUCUGGGACUUACCAAUGGCCGGACAUGGAGACACCUGCUGCUGCCAUCAGCACACCUUCCAGAGGGCAAUGGUCUCACUUGGACAACCAUUUACAGUGAGAGGUGGUGACCCAUAUACAGUUCAUGGCUUCCCUGUCUGAAGCAGGCCAGGAUGUGCAAGAAGUAGCUUCCAGUGCUGUGCUUCUUGGGACUUGCUAGCGAGUGAGCGAAGCCAACAGGUCAUGAUACAUCUCCAUUCCACACGUCCGCUCGCUGCUUGGCUGCAGUCUUUCUCUUGCCUGCAUAGGAGGCACAGUCAGAGGGGCCAGAAAGUAUUGACAAAAGCAGCAAAAGCAGUGACAUUUGUGCCAACAACUUUGCCAAAUGCGCAGUGCACAAAGUGAAAGAAAUGCAACUAUCAAGUGCAAAUCAAGAUGUGCCUUCUUUCAUACGUGCAGCAGCAACUUGUCAACAUUUGCUCUUAUUUUCUUAGCUGUUUGUGAUACAUAUAUACAGUAGCUACACAAUUGUAGGUCGACCUAUUUUACUUAAGUUAGAAAAUCCAAAGUAGGGGGUUCACUUGCAAUCGAAAUUGAAACUUAUACUUCCGCCAGUAACAGCAAAACAAAUGAGAAAUCCGGAACAUUAUGGUGCUGUCACUUUACAUUUGCUUUCUGGCUCUACCCAUAGCAUAUGUCUAUUCUGUGUGCUUGUUUGGAACGUUGCUUUUUAUCUUUUAAUGUGUGCCCUGAGCAUGUGGCUAUCGUUGAUGGAUGAGCCUCUAUUCCAAUUAGCAGCAGCACUACUAUAGUGCCACACAGUGGUGAUUUGUUCGGGGGGGGGGGGGGUACCGGUACUAGUUGGCGGACGAGCUUUUACUUUAUGGCUUAUUGGAAGGUUUUUUUUUUUUUUUUUCAACACAUGCAUGCUACUACUGUUGUGCUAAAUCAUCAUUUGUCCAAGAGGCUUUUGCUGUUUGUUCGAAGCAGUGUUCAAGAGGGCUGCUGUUCUCCAUGCAAAAAAACUGUGGGGUGGGGCACAAGUUUGAAAUUCCUGAAUGGGUGGUGUGACAGUGGUGACUGCAGCUGAACCAACUUUUCACACGCAAUGCCAUGCACCGAGGUUUUCGUGGACCAAAGUCAGGACGCUUUUCGAAGGUUCCGGCAUACGCAGCCGAACUACGCAAUCGGUCUCUACUGGUGGCAUGAGAAAUGGCCAUGACAUGCAAGAAGCCCGUGUCUUCUCUUUGGAAGUGGGAAUACCAAGGAUGCUCUUCAAGGCGAGCAGGGCCUUAGCAUCGAAGUUCACGAAGAGGACAAUGGCUUUAGUGCUGAAGAGUAGUCAGUCCAGUGGCCAGGUACAUAAAUUUUUGCUGUGGAAUGUGCUCACUUUUUUUUUCUUUUGUGCGUGUGAUUUGCGAUGUAGUGGGGUCGACUUACAAUUGCGUAAAUAUGGUAUGUCUAUGUCAAGAUUCGUUUCUAUGUUGCCAAGGCAAUUUUAGCCAAGACUGAAAGUUCCUUUUUGUUUUUAAGAAGAGUGCCAUAGUCUUUUCUGUAAGUCCCUUGCUUGGCACUGCUUAUGCAAUGACUGAAAAAAAAAAAUUCUCGAAAAAUAAAGUGCGCUGCUAGUCUUUCAAUGCAGCACUAAUCUU